GGAUAAACUAAACCAAAAAAAAUAACCUCACAUCAUAUCUCAACUCAGUGUCAACUCAAAUGUACGCGUUUUGGUCAGAAUAGAAUGUUGGUUGGUUUAAUCUAUACUUGAGUUAACUUACUGCAUACUUUAUACCCUUGCUUUGUACCUUCAGUUUAGUCAGCUAGGUACUUACAAAAUGAAAGUUGUAAAACGAUUACAUGAUUUUAAAGCUCUUCAGCUAAAACUAACAGAAGACAGUGUAUCACCACAUACAAUUUACUUCAAGGAACAUGUAGUGAGAGAGCACACAAGCGACAAACCCUCAGGAAGAACUUUAUUUAUAGUGAAUGUGCCGCCUUAUGCUGAUGAUCAAGGCAUUAUAAAUGCUUUUUCCAGUGCAGGCAAGAUACACUCUGUACAAUUUUCACUCAAACCUAAAGCUGCAGAUACUAUGAAACAGAAACAAUUUAUUGAUAAUGUAACUAAACCAAGUUUCAGAGUAGCAUAUGUAGUAUUCAAAAAGGUAUCAGAAUUAGACAGAGCACUAAAACUAACAAAACUACAACCUCUGAAUUCUAAGGAGUAUGAAGCAAAGCUAGGUAUGAAGAAAUGGAUUCAUGAAUAUAAUAAUUCAGUAAUGAAUCCCAAAGCACUCAAAGAGAGGGUUGAGGAAUUCAUUAAAACUCAUGACAAAGAGAAUGCUGAUGUUCAGCAGAGAGACAAGGAGCUAGGACAGGAGGAUGAAGAUGGCUGGGUCACUGUCACCAAGAGAGGGAAAAUUCAGAGUUUUGCUCGCACUGAGAACAUAGAGAAUAAAAUAAUGGCUAAAGAAGAACAGAAAAAGAAACGAAAAGAGCUAAAGAACUUCUAUACCUUUCAAAUUAGGGAGUCCAAAAUGAAACAUAUUGUGGCCCUGAGGCAGAAGUUUGAAGAAGACAAAAAGAAAAUAGCCCAAAUCAAACAGAGCCGUAGGUUCAAGCCAUUUUGAAAUAAAAUUAUAUUGUUA